CACUUCUUAGUCAACAGUGAUCAUUUUCAGUGUGUCAUCCCAUCUAAAUCCACUUUUGUUCUGAAGUGUUGGAAUAAUAUUACAUGUAGAUUUUAUUGUCUUUAGUUGUUUCUCUACAUGAGUAGUCACACAUUCAACACCAAAUUUCGAGCUUAUUGUUUCAGCUACUUGACCAAAAGAUUGAUGCUUAAGUGUGUUUGAUGGCUUGUUGCCUUUUGCUGCCUCCUCAGCAAGGAUCUCAAGUAAAAUGUGCCCCAUUGGUUCUCAUCACAUAAAUUACUUUGAUUUACCUAUUUUUACACGUCAUCAAAGAUUUUUUUCCUUUAAUUCCACAAUCCCAGCAACCCUAAAGACAUCGAGCGGAAUUUAUUAAUCGUUGAUCUUGAGUCUAUCCUCUUUUAAUUUGUUUUAUUUAUCUUUUUAGAUGCAUUAAUUGUGUCAACAUUUAAAUGCAGACCUAAUGGUUUGAUUAAAAGAGGUCUUUGUUCAAUUAUCCUUUUUUCUUUUUCUUUUUGUUGUUGAUGGAGAGGAUAUGAACCAUUUAUUUCUAGAAUGUACUCAGUCUCUUUAUUGUUGGAUGAGAUGCUGUACUCUUGGAGGGGAUUUAGCUCUGUUUUGCAGUUUGCACUGAUACUGUUGAUGCUUGUUGUCUACAUUUUGCCUAUGGGAUGCUUGAUAGGUCAUCAGGUAGUUUGUGUGGUUAAAGAGGAAGCUGGAAAGUGUUGCAUGUAUAUGUUUUCUGAAGAGGAAAAAGGAAUAUUCAGUGAAGAAUUGGAGAAGUUUGGGAAAGCUAUAAAGGAGCUGUUGGUAACUUUGGACGAGGACCUUGGAUUUGAAAUGCUUCAAACAGGGGGACUAGAAGGGGUCACUGCCAUGAAUUCAAGUGGCUCGCAGAACCUUGAAAUGAUUCAAACUGGAGGACUAGAGGGUGUCAGUGCUAUGUAUUCAAUAAUGGAAACCCCCUUUGAGCGAGCAGAGGAGUUAAAGAGGAAAAGAGAGGAAGAACUUGAUGAAGCCCGUCAGGGCAAGAGGCCUGCAACUGCUUACGCUACUCCAAGUCGUCCCCCAAUAGGUGGGUUUAUGGCUGAGGCUCGCCAGAAUUAUGGUCAGUCAGUGGCUGCACUGGCUACUCAAGGAUCUCUGUUCUCAACCAAUGAAGGUACACAAAUACAACUGAGGGAGGCUGCUCAUGGUAAGGAGGCCUCGACCUCAUCAAUGGCACCUCCACAGGUGGAGCUGAGGAUGUUCACUGGUGAUGAGCUUGGACUAGGGAGCAAAACCGAGGUUAGUGUGUGCGAUCUUGUGGAGGUAAUCAAUCAGAUAAUAGAUUAUGGCUUCAAGUUUCAACUCAAAGAUUAUGAGGCCUUUUGUGAGGGGCCUGGAAUUGCUGACAUGUUCAAAGACUCUAGGGAUAAGGAAGAACAAGAGUUCAUGGAAGAAUUAAAGAAGCUUGAAGAAGUUUUGAUGAGCAAUGCUAGGGGCACUCGCUUUUCGCAUUCUCCGGUCAACACUUUCUCUUUUAUUGGGCCACGUUAUCUUGGUUCCCGAGAAGUUGCGCUGAAAGCUUUAAAGAAGCUUACGUCGCCCAAUGAAAGGGGAAGUGCUGGCCGGAGAGUGCGAAAAGCGAGUGCCCUAGCAUUGCUCAUGAUGGGAUAUUGUGAGGGAGAAUUGCAGUCCAGCACUACAUGGACUACACCAUUGACUGCAGGUGCCAUGAAUUCUACUGCGACUGAAGUUAGUAGCUUGGUAUUGCAUGACCCCAGUGUCUCUCGUGCAGAGCCUCAUCAUGACCCUCUUGGCAUGCAAGGAGGAACUGUUGCUGCUGGAUCCUCUGGUGAUCCCACCACCCAGUCGUCCCCACACAAUGAAAAAGUUUAGCUCUUCCUUGAUCCAACUGUGAUAUAGGUUUUUUAUGUUUAGGUUAUGUUUAGGUUGGCUUAUCGUAAAUAUGUGUUAUGUUGGUUGAGCUAUUAUUAAGAAUGAUACGAACUUAAGUACAUGGACACCGAUUAGGUGGUUGUGUUGAAUGGGAUAUUUAAACUUGAUGUUAAUAAUGAUUUUUAGUGUAU